UUCCCUCUUCUGCUCUCAGCGAUGGCGUCUGCUGAUCUGAGGAAGGAGCUGGAAUGUUCCGUCUGUCUGGACUUUUAUAGGAAUCCUGUGACCCUGAAAUGUGGACACAACUUCUGCCGGGACUGUAUUGGUCGUGCGUUGGAUACACAGAUGGGGUCUGGGGGUUAUUCCUGUCCUGAAUGUAAACAAAGCUUCAAGAACCGUCCCGUCCUUCAGAGGAAUCUGAAACUACGUAACAUAGUGGAGAAUUUCCAGUCCUCCCAUCCAGAUCAGGAGGAGUCCGGGGUCUUCUGUACUUACUGUAUUCACACUUCUGUACCUGCUGUCAUAUCCUGUCUGCAUUGUGAAGCUUCUCUGUGUGACAAUCACCUGAGAGUCCACAGCAAGUCACCAGAACACGUCUUAUGUGACCCCACCACUUCCCUGGAGAACAGGAAAUGCUCCGUCCAUAAGAAGAUCCUGGAGUAUUACUGCACUGAGGACUCCUCCUGUAUCUGUAUGUCCUGCAGGCUGGAUGGAGAACAUCGGGGACACCAGGUGGAGACUCUGGAUGAGGCCUCUGAGAAGAAGAAGAAGAAACUGCAAAAGGUUCUGAGGAAGCUGAUGACAGAGAGAGAGGAGACGGUGAAAAGAGUCCAGAGUCUGGAGGAACGCAGGAGGAAAGUACAAGGAAAAGCAGAUGAUGAAACAGAGAGAGUCACUGUCCUGCUCAGAGACCUCAGGAGACGUCUGGAAGACCUGGAGAAGAGAGUCCUGAGGGAGAUCUCCGGGCAGGCAGAGCGGAUCUCUAUCGCCAUACUGGAUAUUAUUCGUGAGCUGGAAGUAAAGAAAGAUGAAUUGUACAGUAAGAUAUAUUACAUUAAGGAGCUGUGUAACAUAAAGGAUCCACUGACUGUCCUCCAGGAAUCAGACACAGGUGACUUGUGUGAUACUGAGGAUGAAGAUCAUGAGGAAUUGGACACAGGUGACUCGUUUGAUUCUGAGGAUGGAGAUGAUGAGGACAGAGAGAGACGUGAUAACCUCCUCCAUGAUGGAGGGGAUCUGGAUGUGGCGGGGAUCUCACACACAUUACACACAGGUUUAUCUGAUAUCAUGUCUGGGGUAAAUGUUGAGAAAUAUACAGGCACACAUGUCUAUCCACACUCUACUACAGGGGGCAAAGGUCACACCAAUGCUGAACCAUCCAGGAGAUGCACCCAACACACCCCUACCAUACAACCAUCCAGGAGACGUCCCCAACCCCAGGCCUCCCCCACUAUUCAACCAUCCAGGCCCCACACCCAACCCUCCCCCACCAUUCAACCAUCCAGUCCACGUCCCCAACUUACCCCCACCAUACAACCGUCCAGGCCACACUCUCGCCCCUCCCUCACCACACAACACUCACACCGCCAGGCUGGAGGACCAAAUAUUGGGGGUGUACAGCAAACAUCGGGGGUUACAGACAUAUUACUGGAUGAGCGGACAGCUGGUAAAUGUUUAUACAUAUCAGAUGACAGGAAAACUGCAUCCUAUUCAGGACACAUGCAGGAUCACCCAGACACACCAGAGAGAUUUCUUGAUGAUCAGGUGAUGAGCAUUCAGAGGUUCUCCUCAGGGAGACAUUACUGGGAAGUGGAUUUCAGAGAGUCAUCGUACUGGAAAGUUGGGAUGUGUUACCCCAGUAUAGACAGGAGAGGGGAUCAGAUAAGGAUUGGGUAUAAUAAGAAGUCCUGGGUGUUGGAGGGGAGUGGUAAUUAUUACUCGGCACAACAUGACAGUAAUCACAUCCCAUUAACCGUCGGUGUCCCCAGUAAGAGAGUCAGGAUAGAUCUGGAUUAUGAGGCCGGGCGGAUCUCCUUUUAUGAUCUGUGUGAUCCGUUCCGACAUCUCCACACCUUCACCACCACCUUCACUGAGCCCCUCCAUGCUGCGGUAUAUGUAUAUGGAGGUGAUAUAAAGAUAUCUGGGAGAAUGUGAAAAAUCUGCCCAGAGACUGGUGACAUCACAGGGUGAAGAAUCUGAUUGGUGUAAUACUCAGCAAAUGGAUACGAUUUUUUUUUACUGAUUUAUGUAUAAAGCUGUAGGUUCUGGGGCCGUCAUCUUCAUCCUAAACCUCACUUCACUACCUAAUGUGUCACUGACCAGGAACAAGCAUGGAGGAGGGCAGAGUGUUCAGACUUCACUGGCUGCAUGCUUGUUCUGGGUCAGUCACACUCUAGGUAGCAUAUUAGGAUUGGGAUGACAGCUCUGGAGCCUUCACCUUUAUAGUGUGUCUAUAGAUGAAAUGUGUUUUAUUUUCACAUUUGCAUGGUGUGGGGAAGUAUUAGAACACCUGUCAUGUUUUUACUGAUU